UAUAAACACCUAUUUUCUUAUCGUCCACGAAAUAGGCAGUUAAUAGUGGUGUGAUAGCGGUAAACACUUGUUGAAAUGUCCAAGUUGUUAGUGUUAAUAAAUCUUUUGGUCAUAUUUCUAGACGUGUUUGCCCAACCCAUCGGAAAUGAUCUCAUAUCUGUAGUAGUGUUAUAUCGUCAUGGGGAUCGAGCACCUGUCAAGGCUUACAAAAAUGACCCCUACGCCGACGAAUCUUACUGGCCCCUGGGAUUUGGCGAAUUAACAAACAUUGGAAAAAAACAACAAUAUGGUUUAGGCAAAUGGCUAAGAGAGAGAUACGUAGAUUUCUUACCUGUUUCAUAUAACAAGAAUGACAUAAAAAUCCAUUCUUCCAACGUAGACAGGUGUUUGAUGUCCGCCGAGUCGAAUGUGGCAGGUUUAUAUCCACCAGAAGGCAACCAAGUCUGGAACGACCAACUAAAAUGGCAACCCAUUCCAAUCCAUACGACGCCGAAAACAGAAGACGCAAUUUUAGCCCAAUCCAAACCUUGUUCCAAAUAUUCCAAGUUGUUGAAGGAACUUAUGGAAGAAGAACCUUUCAGUUCAACCCUGGAUAAGUACAAGGAACAGAUGGAUUACUUUUCUAAGAAUUCUGGAGAAAAUAUUACCACACUUGUAGACCUGAUGGACUUGUACAAUACAGUCUACAUUGAAAAUCUUCACAAUCUUACUCAGCCCGACUGGACACAGUCCCUCCUGACUGAGGAAAUUGAACAAUUAAGUGGUCUAGCAUGGAGUGCGUAUGCUUACACCCAGGAUUUAGCUAGGCUAAGAUCAGGUCCCUUGAUUGACCUCAUCCUCAACCACUUCGAAAAUGUAAAGAACAACGUCGAAGACACACCGAAAUUUUUAAUGUUGUCGGGCCAUGACAGUACAAUAGCUCCUCUUUUGACUGCAAUGCAAGUUUAUGAUAACAAAUGGCCGUACUAUGCUUCCUCGGUUAUUUUCGAGUUAAGGGAAGGAAAAAACAACGAUUUCGUAAACGUCUUUUACAGGAAUCCCACCGAGAUAGCCAACAUUACUUUACCCAGUUGUGAUUUCGACUGUGAUUUCGAUAACUUCCAAAAGGUUUUGGCUCCAGUAAGGACCAGUUUGGAAGACUGGAACAAGGAAUGUCAACAAGAGUGACCAACGAAAAAAAUAUUUUCUUAA